ACUAAAUCCUAAGACGUCUUCGUUGGUACUAAUUGCCUUCUAAAGCCCCUUGAACUUUUUCUUGAGACUAGUAAUAUAUUGGUCGUGUUUCCUAGUACACUCGGACCACAUUAUUUCAAUAGCAUUCAACCGAUGGUAUGGAGGAAGUCUUAAUAUUUUGAGGCCUAAAGGUUUCACAUAUUCGCUGAAGUUGUUUUUCCUUCUACAAUGCUCCAUAUUUCAUCCUUCAUCAAUGUUGUUUUCUUUUAAAUAUAUAAUCGACAUCUGCUUUGUCCAUGACUUUCUUGGAAUAUCCUCUAAAAUGCCGGAUUGAAAACUUGUGCUUUUAAACCAAACUAAUCAAACCAAAUUUUGCUAGUUCACUUUUAAAUAUCAAAUCAGCGUGAACCACAUUAUGUAUGGUAUAUUAAGUAGUCUGUGGAUAAAAGAACCUAACCUUGAAAGCCUUGCUAUAAGUUAAUGCGUCAAUUUCAUAUACCUUAUUUUAUGCUAAAGAAAACGGGGGUAUUUGUCCCAAAGUUUUUUUUUGUAUUGGCCCAUUUCAAAUACGUAUACAGUGAACUCCGGUUAUCAGGUACCCUCUGGGGACCAGAACUCUACAAGCGGAAGUACGCUAUGAAAAAAACACAAACAAAUAAUGUAGGUGCCGCCCCCACAGAGACAAUCGCAACACAUCUAAUGGCUCCGAUGGACGCGACGAUCGCAGUAGAAAGACAUCGAAUUAAAUAGAAUCCCAGGUUGAAAGUUUCGAUGUAACCGAUCACAUGCAACAAGAAAAGUGAGACGGAAGAAAAAAUGGCAGCCUAUGCCCUCGUCCUCGUGUUCGGCUUGAUAUCGUCGAUCGACGCGCAGUGCCCGUGGCACCACCAAGUGCCCGACUUGCAAUCAUCCUGCCUCUGCUCGUACAAUCUGGGUCGGGAGCUGUCCGUCCAGUGCGACAUGGUGACGUGGCCCCAACUGCUCGCAGCCCUAAACAAAUACGUCGGCACGACGGCGAUCGACCUCCUCUACGUCAACAACUCGACGGUGGACGCGCUCCGCGACGACAUCUUCGUCGGCCUGGAAAUACACAACGUGCAGCUCUCCGGAUGUAGCAUUAAAACCGUGGAGAACCGCGCCUUCGCCGGCCAAGAACCGUUCCUCCGAAACCUGAACCUGCAGGACAACGACCUCAACCUGGUGCCCACUGACGCCCUGAAACAGCUGACCAAUCUGCAGCUGCUCGACCUCAGUCACAACCGAAUCGCCGCCGUGCCUGACGGCGCGUUCGCCACCUUAUCGAAACUCACUACCCUGAAACUAUCCGACAACAACGUCACCCUGGCAAACGCCACGUUCCGCGGACUCGACAAGUGCCUCAAAAACCUCAAUCUCAAAGGUACUGGUCAGAAGAAGAUCCCGGCAGCGAUCAGGGGUCUGAAAACUCUCGCGUUUCUCGACCUGUCCCACAAUAGCUUGACCGAGCUGCCGGGUGACGGUGGGCGACGUACUUUCGAAGGUCUCGACGCCCUUACCGCACUCAACCUCGAACGGAACGUGCUGCAGCGUCUCGACGCGCACGCGUUCCACGGCGUACGCAAAACGCUCAGUUCGCUCAGUCUGCUCAACAAUUUGCUGACGGACUUUCCCGUCGAAGCCGUAGGGGAACUGUCGGAGCUCCGCGUGCUGGACAUCGGAUUCAACCUGCUCACCGAACUGCCGGACGAGGCGUUCCGCGGCAACCCUAGCAUCACGUUACUGGCCCUCGACGGUAAUCCGUUGGCGUACGUGCCCGUCGAAGCGUUGGCGCACCUCAACGCCACCUUGAGGGGCCUGAGUUUGGGCGGCAGGUUCUUACAUUGCGACUGUCGCCUCGCCUGGGUGAUCGACUGGAUCAGGAACAAGGACCUUCAGGUGACGUCGAGAGAGAGGAACCCGCAGUUCUGCGGCAGCCCGGCCAAGUUCCGAGACCGCGGGCUGUACAGCAUUCAGCCGGAGGAACUGGUGUGCAAAACUCACAAACCGGUAGGGGUCGCGACCGUCAUAAACGAAGAGUCCGACGAAGUGGUCGCCGUGCGAAAACCGUCGACGACGACCACCACGACGACGACGACGACCACGACGCAGAAACCGUCUUCGACAUCGACCACCACCAAGAUCACCACGACGACUGUAUCGACGUCGACCUCGACGACGGCCGCCGCGAAACCGAAACCCAAAGUGUGGAAAACUACGCAGAGGCCGGCGAUAGUGAUGAACGCGUUCCCGGCCAGGGGCAGGAUAGACGACGCGAAGGAAGUGAUCGUGAAGAACGCGUACAGACAGGACAGUUCGGUGGUGAUCCAGUGGGACUCGUCGACGGUGAACAUUUUGGGAUUCCGGGUCGUGUACAGACUUUUCGGGGACAAGGGUUUCAAGCAGGGCCCGCCGCUCGAGGCGAGCGAGAGGGAAUUUAAAAUUAAGAACGUGCCUUCGCAGGAGUGCAUCAUCGUGUGCGUAGUAUCGCUCGAAGAGAUCAACGUCACCCCGGAGACCGUGCCCUACGCCCAGUGCCGCGAAGUCAGGACCGUGUCGUCGGUAACCUCGCACAUGGACAAGAUCACGAUAGUGGCGAGCGCGGCCAUUUGCGGCACCAUAGUGGUGGCGGUCAUAGUUUUCAUAGCGGCCUCCAGGAGAAGAUCGCGGAAGUUGCACGAACUGCACCAACACAAACUGGGCAUGAAGCAUCGGAUGCCGGUCACGGGUCUGCCUGUGAACUGUUGCGCCGCGAUGCCGACGCCGACCGUCGUCGACCAGCUGCCGUCGUUGGUCACUUUGAAUGCGUUCAACAAUACGAAGGACUGGGAUCAGGUAUCCGCGUACAGCAUUCACAACCAAAGACCCCGCAUGUACGCCGAGCAGCCCGCUCUCUUGGACGAUUUGAGGUCCAAUUUUAGCUCAAAGGGUGCGAAGACGAGAUCGGUGCCGGACGGUCAGUCGCAAAACAGCUUCUCGAACCAUUCGGGCAGAUACGUCGCGCCCAACGACUUCCAAAACAACCUUUUGAACACACGACCCGAAAUUCGACACUCGAGACAAUCGCUCGCGAUGCUCUCAGAACGCAUGUCCACGCGGAUGCCUUCUCAACACGGGGGCAUGCAGUCCGUGAACUCGUCGACCCGCGGCAGCAGACCCCGGUCUAGGACCAGGGAGCACCAUCGCAGGCCUAGUAGCCGCUACAGUACCGCCGACUCGACGCACAGUCUGAACAACUACUGCGACAAUUCGGACAACUGGACCGAUCACGAUAUGGAAAUUUACAUGGCCAAGAACCCGACCGCCAGGAACGGUUUGGUGCCGUUGUAAGGGAGCAGGGUCAUCUCCCCUCAAACAAGAUCGACGUAAAUUAUCAAUAUUAGGGUUAGAAUUAAAACUUAUUCAAUGUUCGGUAGUUUCCUUUUGAUCUCUCAUCACGACUUACCAUUUAUAGCCAUU